UCUUCCAACAAUUAAUCAGUCAACACCUUCUUUGACUUAAUCCCUUCGUCCUCCUCUGUUUGGAUUUGCCCAACAAUUCUUUCUUGCUUUUUGUCGACGGAGACUCCUUCUUCCCUCUAUGGAGCUUAACUGCACUUGUUUGUUCCCAAUUCAGCAGCAGCAGCAGCAGCAGAGCAAAGCUUGGUGAUCUAGGCUGCCAUGGCGUCCACCAUUGUUUCUUCCCUCGCCGUCUUCUUCUUCCUGCUGCUUCUGCUCGCGCUUGCGGUAGCGCAGCCGGCGGUGACGCCACCUCCGCUGCCUGACGACACGGCGGGCUGCAAUGGCGUCCUGCUCACCUACACCCUCCAAGGCCGCGACAGGAUCCGGCCGUUCGUCUCCCCGGCGGACGCCCAGUCCCAGCCCUACUCCUUCCGCGCCACCGCCACCGUCCUCAACUCCGGCGUCCGCCCGCUGGCCGCCGGCAGCUGGUCGCUCCUCCUCGCCUUCGCGCACCGCGAGGUCCUCGUCUCCGUCUCCGGCGCCGUCCUCACCUCUGGCGCCGACCUGCCCUUCAACACCACCACUGCAGAAGCCGGCGCGCUGACAUCCUUCUCCGAGUCCCCGCAGCGGGACCUCCUCACGCCCAUCGCCACGGCCGGCGACCUGGCCAGGAUCCAAGCUACAGUGACCCUCGUCGGCACGCACUUCGCCGGGCCCGAGCCAUUAACGCCGCCGCCGCUCCCGUCCAACAUCUCCCUCCUCGCCGGCGGCGGCUACACCUGCUCCCCACCUGCCGUCAACAACGCCUCCCUCUCCACCUGCUGCGUUCCCGGCAACGAUCCCAUGGCGGCGCCGCCAUUAGCGCCGCCCACCUCGACCCUCUCGCGCGGCGUGUCCGGCGACCUGGUGAUCACCUACGACGUGCUUCAGGCGCACGAGAGCACCUACCUGGCGCUCGUCACGCUCGACAACGACGCGCCCAUGGGGCGGCUGGACGGCUGGCGGCUGUCGUGGGAGUGGGCGCGCGGCGAGUUCGUGGGCGCCAUGCGAGGCGCCCACCCGCUCGAGCUCGACGCCGGCGCCUGCGUCUACGGCGCGCAGGGGGAGCACUAUAAAGACCUCGACUUCUUCUCCGGCGCCGUGCUCACCUGCGCCCGCCGCCCCGUCAUCCUCGACCUCCCGCCCACGCGCCGCGACGACGCCGCCAUGGGCAACAUCGAGCACUGCUGCCGCAACGGCACGCUGCUGCCCAAGUCCAUGGACGACGCGCCGGGGUCUUCGUCUUCUUCCUCGAGGUCGGCGUUCCAGAUGGAGGUCUACAAGAUGCCGCCGGACCUGAACAGGACGAGCCGCCCGCACCCGCCGGCAAGCUUCAGAAUCUCCGGCUCUUCGCCAUUAAACCCGGACUACACCUGCGGGCAGCCGGUGACGGUGCGCCCGUCAGAGUUCCCUGACCCUUCAGGGCUCGAGUCCACCACGCGCGCCAUCGCCACGUGGCAGGCCAGCUGCAACAUCACCGUCGACAAUGGCUCCGGCGGCAAGCCGCCGCAAUGCUGCGUGUCCUUCUCCGCCUUCUACAACGACUCCGUGAUCCCCUGCAACACGUGCGCCUGCGGCUGCCCGGCGCCGGCGUCCUCCGCCUCCUGCAGCAGGACGGCGCCGGCGACGCUGCUGCCGCCGCACGCGCUGCUGAUGCCGGCCGACAGGCGGGCCAAGGAAGCCCUCAAGUGGGCUAACGACGAGGACCUGCCAUUGCCGGCAAACCCGCCGCCGUGCGGCGACAUGUGCGGCGUGAGCGUGAACUGGCACGUGGCGACGGACGCCGAAGGCGGGUGGAGCGCCAGGGUGACGCUCUUCAACUGGGGCCCCGGCGCCGACAUGCCGGACUGGUUCGCCGCCGUGGUCAUGGACGAUAAAGUUUACGCGGGCUUCGAGCAGGCGUAUUCCUUCAACGGCACGGCGGUCGGGAACGGCACUGUCUUCUUGCGCGGCAGGGAAGGCUUCAACGAGUUGCUGCUCAGGGAGAGCAAUAUGAGCGGCGUCGACUACCCCGUGCCCGGGAAGCUGCAGUCCGUGCUGUCCUUCACCAAGAAGAUCGACGGCGGCGGCGAUAUCGACGUGGUUGCGGGAGAUGGCUUCCCGUCCAAGGUCUUCUUCAAUGGCGAGGAGUGCGCCAUGCCGCAGAGGAUUCCGAGCAAGGGAGUUGGUGUUCGAGCCGGCAUCAGUGGCAAUGCUCUUCUGCUCUUGCUGCUCUGUUUGGUUUUGUCAAUCUAGAUGCUGAAAAAAAAAAUAGAAAACAGGUAAACCAUAUGUACGUCUCAAGAAAACAACUAGAAAACAGGUAAACCAAAUGUACGUCUUCGUGUGAUGUUUUUUUCAUCUUUUUGUGAGGGAAUUCUCGCUUGAACAUUUUUGAUGAAUUCUUCUUUGCUUUUUUUUUUAAAAUAAAUUCUUAUUUGCU